GCUCGUCUCGGCUCCGGCUGCAGCUCUGGUGGGGGUGGGCGGCUAGGAUGACAGCGGCGGCGGCAGCGGCUGCGGCUCUGAGCUGAGCGAGCGGAGAGCUAGCCGAGGGAAAAGGAGGAAGUGGAGCCACAGCCCGGAGCUCCAGAGUCAGCAGCCGCGCCGAGGUCUGCCGGUUUUGCAAAGUGAUUCUUGUCCAGAUCUGGGAAGACUUCCCCGCCGGGCUCCGGCCGCCGCGCCGCGCCGCGCCGCGCCCGUCCCGGGUUCCGCGGUUCGAAGCGGGCGGCCGGCCGCCGGAUCCCCGACCCGACUGGGUGCGCUGGCCAGGACCCCGCCACUACCACCGCGCGGGCCCACAGUUGCGGGCUUGUUUCCAGCCUCUCUAAUCCGUGUGUGCUGGAGCCCCCAGCCCUCUAUCCCGGCUUAGCGCAAGGUGGCUUCAGCUCCGACUUGAGUGCGGCGGAGCCCGGGUCGCCGAGCAGCGAACCUUCCUCCGCCUUUGGCAGACUGUCUGGAACUUGGAACCAUUCGAGUGCCCGGGAAGCCGCGGCCGGGGUCCCGCGCCUGGUCAGAGGUUCCAGGCAGGCAGGGCAGUCGGACUGAACCCCUGGGCUGGUGCUGUAAACCGAAGUUACCGCCUUGCUCCCGCCCCACAGGGGACCCGGCGCUUGCCCCGAGAAGAGCACAGGGGCCCCUUCUGCCCCGCCGGCCGGCAGGAGCCGAGGCUGCAGCUCUUCCAAGGAAGCUUUGUCACUGCCUUUGUGGACAGGACACCCCAAGGAGGCCAGCUCACAGCCACUGGUACCUUCUUCCGGACCAGCUGGGGGCCUCCAUGGGCGCUUGAGAGCCAGGCACCAGGGCUGUGGGACGAGCAUGGUGAGACACCAGCCCCUGCAGUACUAUGAGCCACAGCUGUGCCUCUCUUGCCUCACAGGCAUCUACGGCUGCCGCUGGAAGCGCUACCAGCGCUCCCAUGAUGAUACUACACCGUGGGAGCGUCUUUGGUUCCUGCUGCUCACCUUCACCUUCGGCCUCACGCUCACCUGGCUCUACUUCUGGUGGGAAGUCCAUAACGACUACGAUGAAUUCAACUGGUACCUCUACAACCGCAUGGGCUACUGGAGCGACUGGUCCGUGCCCAUUCUUGUGACCACAGCCACUGCCUUCACAUACAUUGCAGGCCUCCUGGUGCUGGCACUAUGUCACAUCGUCGUGGGGCAGCAGAUGAACCUGCACUGGCUGCACAAGAUUGGGCUGGUGGUCAUCCUGGCCUCCACGGUGGUGGCCAUGUCAGCAGUGGCCCAGCUGUGGGAGGAUGAGUGGGAGGUGCUGCUGAUCUCCCUGCAGGGCACGUCGCCGUUCCUGCACUUGGGAGCCCUGGCUGCUGUCACGAUGCUCUCCUGGAUUGUGGCAGGACAGUUUGCCCGCGCAGAGCGGUCCUCUUCCCAGGUGACCAUCCUCUGUACCUUCUUCACCGUGGUUUUUGCCCUCUACCUGGCCCCUCUCACCAUCUCCUCUCCCUGCAUCAUGGAGAAAAAGGACCUGGGCCCAAAGCCCACCCUCAUCGGCCAUCGUGGGGCACCCAUGCUGGCUCCAGAGCACACGCUGAUGUCCUUCCGGAAGGCCCUAGAGCAGAAGCUGUAUGGGAUCCAGGCUGAUGUCACCAUCAGCCUGGACGGUGUGCCUUUCCUCAUGCACGACACUACCCUGCGGCGAACCACCAACGUGGAGCGGGUGUUCCCGGAGCUCGCCCGCAGGCCCGCCUCCAUGCUCAACUGGACCGUCCUGCAGAGGCUCAACGCUGGCCAGUGGUUCCUGAAGACGGAUCCCUUCUGGACGGCCAGCUCCCUGUCACCCUCCGACCACAGGGAGGCCCAGAACCAGUCCAUCUGCAGCCUGGAUGAGCUGCUGGAGCUGGCCAAGGGCAAUGCCACACUGCUGCUCAACCUGCGGGAGCCGCCCCGUGACCAUCCCUUCCGCAGCAGCUUCGUUAACGUCACGCUGGAGACGCUGCUGCGCUCUGGCUUCCCGCAGCACCAGGUCAUGUGGCUGCCUAACAGGCAGAGGCCCUUCGUGCGGAAGGUGGCUCCCGGCUUCCAGCAGACAGCAGGCUCCAAGGAGGCAGUGGCCAGCCUGAAGAGAGGCCACAUCCAGCGGCUGAACCUGCGAUACACUCAGGUGUCCAGCCAGGAGCUCAGGGACUAUGCAUCCUGGAACCUGAGUGUGAACCUCUACACUGUCAACGCACCGUGGCUCUUCUCCCUGCUGUGGUGCACUGGGGUCCCAUCUGUCACCUCCGACAACUCCCACACCCUAUCCCAGGUGCCUUCCCCGCUCUGGAUCAUGCCCCCAGAGGAGUACUGUCUCAUGUGGGUCACCGCCGACCUGAUCUCCUUCACCCUCAUCGUUGGCAUCUUCGUGUUCCAGAAGUGGCGCCUGGGUGGCAUACGGAGUUACAACCCUGAGCAGAUCAUGCUGAGCGCUGCAGUGCGCCGAACCAGCCGGGACGUGAGCAUCAUGAAGGAGAAGCUCAUCUUCUCAGAGAUCAGCGAUGGCGUGGAGGUCUCGGAUGAGUUCUCCAUGUGUUCAGACAGCAGUUACGACACAUAUGCCAACAGCACUGCCACCCCAGGGGGCCCCCGAGGGGGCAGCAGCCAAGCCAAGACUCUCACGGACCGGGGUGGGCGUUAGCUGAAGACCUGUGUGUCCCCAGCCUGUACCUAAUGUAGAAACAUGGGGUGCCCAGGAGGCUGGCAGAAGAGUGGGCUCACUUGGAGUGCUCUGGGAGCUGGCUCCACAGCCUCCUUGUGGGCUCCAGGCCCUUGUUAGCCAUGGCCUCCCUUGGAGGGGAUCGCCUCCCUUGAGGCCCAGGUGGGCCAGGACUCCAGCCUCCCAGAUGCCCCUGCAGGCCUGGGGCUCCUUCUGGGCAGUGCAAAGCCUGGUCCUCAGGUUCUGUUCUCAUGGCCUUCCCUCGUAUUUGCGCCUGGAAGCUUUGAUGGGCCACUGGGCCGUGCCGUGUCCCCUGUGGCAGUGGAAGAUGUGGAUGCUCACCCUUGCCCACGUGUGUCUGCCCACCUAUCCGUGCCAUGAGGCAAACUUCCCUGUUUUAUCCUCUCUUGAAGACCUGGGCUGGGCCUUUCCCCCAGCCCCUGGCAGCUCUGCUUCCCACAUCAGUCUCAAAGCACAAGGCGGUUCAGCCCAGGAGGAAAGCCAGCGGCUGUGGUGGAGACAUCUCCUCCCUGACCAGCCUCCCACCACCACUGACCUCCGCCCCAGCAGAGGACUUGAGCCAUGUCCCCUAAGAGCAGCUGAAGAUGGCCAAAAGUGCAGGCUCAGGCUGCUCUGUCUCACACCCAAAUGUCCAGCAGGCCUCUGGGCAGAAGGGGCCCUGGGGCCCAGGAGAUCCACAGACUGACAGACCUCAGGUUCCCACAUCAGCAGCCACAGGGCAGGGGCCACCUGGGAAACGUUCUGGGCACAGCCAAGCAUGGGCAUGUGGCUAAGGUGGGCUGCAGUGAAGGGAGCCUGAAGGCCUCGGCCAGGAUGAUUAAAGCUGCCAUCUUGA